UGCAGCCGCCGGCCCAGGGGAUGCCCCAAUGCCCGGAGCGCGGGGCCGCGGCGGCCCCCACCCGCCGUAAAACCUCCUUCUCUAUCUUAGACAUCCUGGACCCGCGGAAAUUCAGCAGGAGCCGCGGCCCGGGCGGCGCCUCCCGCGCGGGAGAGCGGGACAAAACUUUUGGAGCGAUCGCGGCGGGACGGGACGGAGCCUCCGGCAGCGCCGGGAACGAACCGGAGCCGCAUGAUGCGCACUGCCCGGCGGAGCGCAGCGCGGCGGCAGCGGAGCAGGAGUGCGCCCAGGCGGUCCCGCACGGGGCCGGUCCCGGUGAGCCGUGCGGGACGGCCAGAGCCGGUCUAGAGCAGCCGUGCGGGGCCGGAGGAGCCAGCCCGGAGCAGCCGUGCGGAGCCGAAGGACUCGGUCCCGGGGAGCCGUGCGGGGCCGGAGGCGCUGGUGUGGAGCAGCCGUGCGGGGCGGCAGGGGCCGGUCCCGAGGAGCCGUGCGGGGCCGGCCCCGAGCAGCCGAGCUCGCCGCGGGGCCGGCGGCGAUGCGGGGCGAGCAGCAAGCCGCGGCGGGCGCGCACCGCCUUCACCUACGAGCAGCUGGUGGCCCUGGAGAGCAAGUUCCGCGCCACGCGGUACCUGUCGGUGUGCGAGCGGCUCAGUCUGGCGCUCUCGCUCAGCCUCACCGAGACGCAGGUGAAGAUUUGGUUCCAGAACCGCCGCACCAAGUGGAAGAAGCAGCACCCGGGCGCCGAGGGGGCCGCGUCCCCCGGCAGCCCCUCCGCCGCCCCGCUGCCCGCACUGCCCGCCGCCCGCUCCCCGCCGCGCCCCCCGCUGCCGCCGCUCCCCGCGCUGCUCCCGCUGGGCGGCGGCCCCUUCGCCCCCUUCCUCGGGCCCGCCUACCUCGGGCCCUUCUACGCCCCGCACCUCUGAGUCGCGGGCGGGACCCCGGGAGCGGCGGGGAACUCCGGGGACGGGGGGACCCCAGGGACGCCGGGGAGUGCGGGGGCUCCGAGGACUGCGGGGCCCCCGGGCCCAGCGCUGUCCCUCGCCCCGCGGCGCUCAGCGGAGCGCGCUGUUCCUCGGGCACCGCUGACAACGCCGCUGCAGCCACGGGACUUCGUUCGCACGCUCCGGAUGUGGCUGCAGGCGCGGGAGAUGGGACACGUGCCUGACACCGAUCCCCUCGAGUCUCCGCCGAGCUGCUUUCCAGCCCUGCCGGCCUCAGCGCUCGCCGGUGCCGCUGCUGCUGCCCGGGCAGCUCGGAGCCCCGGGGCGCUCGCCAGGAAAAGGAGCCGGCUGUGCCCGGCGUGGCUCUGUGAUCGUGUCCGACUCCUGACCCGACACCGCGAGCCGCGCGUGCGGCCCCUCCUGGAAGCGCUCCUCGCGCUCCGUGUCCUCCGGCGAGGAGAAGUCCUGCCCGGGCAGCGGGGGGCUCUCGGUCGCUGAUAACGCACGCGGCAUCUCCGCGUUCCCUUUCGGUUCGUUCCCCGUGACUCGGAGGUUUUGGACGAGACGCCUCGAGAUCGUUCUUUGUGCAGACAACGGUUGUUCUCGUAGUAACACGGCGUGGGUGCCAAAUGAGGCAGAAAAGAAACAUAAAUCAGAGAAAAUGAUUACAUUAUUCAUUUCUUUAAAAAUGGGGCAGAAAAGAAACCAUAAAUCAGAGAAAUGAUUACAUUAUUCAUUUCUUUAGAAAUGGGGCAUUUGUGGUAGAAAAUAAAUAACGCUGAGUUUCCAGCAUGCCGAGACCUAUUUUCCACAACAGAGAAACUGCUUUUUGGUUUUUGCUUUUUUUUGGAGCAUUUGUUAGAAAGGAAAAUCACAUUUCAUCUUCAUUGGUACAAGCACCGGAAUGAAAAGGAAUUUUAGCUGGGGGCUUAUCUGUCCCUGAACGGAUGGGAAAUAAUUGGUUUAAAUCUGUCUCAUGCAGUUUCACCAAAUUAUUAGAACACGCUGAUCAAGACUGCAUCUUGCAGUGCUUUAAAAGUACCACAUUGGUCUCCAACCAAAACACUUGGCUCAUAAAUCCUAAUCUGGCUCUUCCU